GCGAGCCGGGAUUGAGAGAAAGGGAGAGUGUGUGUGCGGGAGAGGGAGAGGAGAGAGGGAGAGGGGGAGCGAAAAACGAGGAAAAGCUCCGGGAGGACAAAAAAAAAAAAGAGCCCCCUCCCCACCCCAACCCCACGCCAGCAUCGGCCGCGGGACUGGCAGCAUGCGAUCCAAGGGCAGGGCGAGGAAGCUGGCCGCAAGUGAUGAAUGUUUGUACGAGAGCUUUCCCGAACUUCCCUUGGAGGAAGCGCCAGAAGCUGAUGGAGAGGCUGCAAAUGUUCAGUGUCCAACAUCCAUCAGCAUCCAAGAGCCGUCUUCUCCGGCAACCUCCAGCGAAACUUUCACGCCAAAGGAGAGCUCUCCUUACAAGGCUCCAAUAUACAUUCCCGAUGACAUUCCCAUUCCUUCAGAGUUCGAGCUCCGAGAAUCCAACGUUCCUGGAGCGGGAUUAGGGAUAUGGACCAAAAGGAAGAUUGAAGCGGGGGAAAAAUUUGGCCCUUUUGUAGGAGAGCAGCGGCCACACCUCAAAGAUCCCAGUUACGGUUGGGAGAUCUUGGAUGAGUUUUGCAAUGUGAAGUUCUGCAUAGAUGCCAGUCAACCAGAUGUAGGAAACUGGCUCAAAUAUAUCAAGUUUGCUGGAUGCUACAAUCAGCACAACCUUGUUGCAUGUCAAAUAGGUGAUCAGGAAUACAAAGCACCUCAGCAGCCCCAGGCGCCCGGGGAGCAUCCCCGCUGCGGGGACGCUGCUCGCUCCCCAGGCACAGACACUCGAUCAGCAGUAAUUGUUCACCUCUAA